UCCGUCUCGCUCACUCCUUCGCAGGCAGAGCUGGCAGGAUCGGGGCUGUGCGAGCGCCGGGGCGAGCGGCAGCAGCAUGCGUGCGGCGGCCGAGGCUGAGGGCACGAGAACCACGUAGGAGCCCGGCGGAGCCCGUGCCCACCGCCACCACCGUCGUGGCCUCCUCGCUUCUCCGGGGACGCCGGGACAGCCGCAUGCAUGACACUCCGAAAAGGAGAGAAAACGACCAUAAGUAUCCAGGAGCACAUGGCUAUCGACGUCUGCCCCGGCCCCAUCAAACCCAUCAAGCAGAUUUCAGAUUACUUCCCCCGCUUCCCCCGCGGGCUCCCCGCUGCCGUCGGCCGCAGCGGUACGUUGCGUCCUGCGGUCAGUCAGCCCUCGGUCGGCCCCACCGAGACGCCCCGUGAGGAUGACGAGGAUGUGGACCAGCUCUUUGGGGCGUAUGGCACAACGCCCGCCCCGCCGCCAGCCAAGUGCCCUCCAGCCGAGGAGGCGGUGGAUCCGGAGGGCUACGAGUCCGACGACUGCACUGCUCUGGGGACACUGGAUUUCAGCUUGCUCUAUGACCAAGAGAACAACGCCCUGCACUGCACCAUCAACAAGGCCAAGGGCCUGAAGCCAAUGGAUCACAACGGUUUGGCCGACCCCUAUGUCAAGCUGCACUUGCUUCCCGGGGCCAGCAAGGCAAAUAAGCUGCGGACCAAAACGCUGCGCAACACUCUGAACCCCACCUGGAAUGAGACCCUCACCUACUACGGCAUCACCGACGAGGACAUGAUCCGCAAAACGCUGCGGAUUUCUGUCUGUGAUGAGGACAAGUUCCGCCACAACGAGUUCAUCGGGGAGACGCGGAUCCCACUGAAGAAGCUGAAGCCCAACCAGACCAAAAACUUCAGCAUCUGCCUGGAGAAGCAGCUGCCGAUAGACAAAACAGAGGACAAGUCGCUGGAGGAGCGCGGCCGGAUCCUCAUCUCCCUCAAGUACAGCUCACAGAAGCAGGGCCUGCUGGUGGGCAUCAUCCGCUGCGCCCACCUGGCUGCCAUGGAUGCCAAUGGAUACUCAGACCCCUAUGUCAAGACUUAUUUGAAGCCAGAUGAGGACAAGAAGUCAAAGCAUAAGACGGCAGUGAAGAAGAAGACGCUGAACCCUGAAUUUAACGAGGAGUUCUGCUAUGAGAUAAAGCAUGGUGACCUGGCCAAAAAGACAUUAGAAGUCACCGUGUGGGACUACGACAUCGGGAAAUCAAAUGACUUCAUAGGUGGAGUCGUGCUAGGGAUCAACGCCAAAGGCGAGCGGCUGAAGCACUGGUUUGACUGCCUGAAGAACAAGGACAAGAAAAUCGAGCGCUGGCACACGCUGACAAACGAGCUGCCGGGGGCCGUCCUCAGCGACUGAGCACCCCGCACUGCUGGGCUCACAGGGCUGCAGGGCACAGCUCCGUGCUGGAGAGGGGAGCGCUUCCCAGGGAGCGAGGCAGAGGCCACGUGCUCUGCUCAAUGGGUCCCAUCCCCUGCAGCUUUUCCAGAACGCCUCUGUGCACCUUACACACACCCACAGGCAUGCACACGCGUGCACACACACGCACACACGUGCACAACCACGUGCUUGCACACACGUGCACACGCACGCACUCAGCACACACCUGCAUGCACACAGGUCUGACUCCUCUCCCGAACUCGUCGCUGUACUGACUUACCUUCUCGCUGCCUUGCAAUUCAGUGGCAAAAAUGAAUGCAUCAGUCUUCGUUUGUGUAUCUACUACGAGCAAAAGGCAUCACUAAAACAUGGGACUGUUUUACUGAGGCCGCCGUGCCCCGUUCCUGGUGGUUUGUCAGUCUUUGUGGUCUGGGCCUAAACAGUCUUUUAUGCAUUUAAAGCUCCUCCGUCGGAACCAUUGCGUUCUCUGGUAACAUGGGAAGGCUGUUGGCUUUUCUUCCAGACAGUUUGUGCUCACCCUCUCUGACAACGCAGCUCGGCCUCCCUGGGAUCUGCCACGAGGAAUAAAGCAGGAACGGCUCCUGCUCCCUCCUGCUCCACCUGCAAACCCUUCCCCGGAGCCUCUGAGCACACAGAACCCAACGAGGCACCGGCGGGUGAGAACUCUGCCAAAUGCUGCACCUUGGCAGGAAUAUCAGAAGCCUAUAAACCACAGUUCCUUCGGAGGAUCUGCUGUGCCGUCCGGUCUCGAUCUCUUCCCUCCAGCUUCAGAUCCGUGUAGCCGUGUGCGCGUUGGUGUCGACGACUUCCUUUCUGAAAGCAAUCAGAUCUCUGGAAACCUCUGUUGACUUUUCCAAGUUCCGAUAGCGUUACACCAUGUUUGAUAUUGGGGUUGGGGGGGGAGGGGAGAAAAACGUUCAUAGGGUCUUUUUUAAUAACUUCAUAUUUGUAAUGCAUUCUACAGAUAUGCAUGGAUUUCACUGGGAUGCCAGCAGCAUGCCCAUGAGGAUGCUCCUGGUGCUCCAGCCCCAUGCUGCCGGGGCUGAUUUUGGGGUGUGGGAGCUCAUGGAAAGGCCGUCAAGAAGCGAUGGGAUGGAGCACAUCCCACUGUGGCACGUGGGGUUCCUCACUUUGUACCGAAGCCUUUUCUAAGCAGUCUGUCCGUGCAUCCCAGCUGCAUGCAGAGCGGUGGUCGUCGCGCCCGCCUUGUGAUAUGUUUGAUACCGAUGUUUUGCUACCAUGUGAAGGCUGCAGAAAUCGUCCUUACCUGCAUCCUAAAGGAAUUUUGUAUUUCAGUAUUAUCUCUCUGUGUACUUUUUGUCAGAUUUGUUAAUAUUUAUAACGAGAACCCAAAAUAAAAAGGGGAAAAAAGAGAAAAAA